CCGUUUGGCCGCCGCGCGAUCUACACGUAGCGCAACGUCUCCCCUCACGGAUACGAAUGUGAAACUGGUGUUUGCGUGUACCAUGGUGACAGUGUCUCUCGUGGCAAGUACGAGUAAUCAGUGACAAUUUACAGAAGUAACGAAGAUAACCGAUCUCUCCCGUUCCGCUCGACGGCCGGCGAGAUGUCGGUGAUGCAGAAAAGACAGCAUUGCUACCUGUGCGACCUGCCGCGCAUGCCGUGGGCCAUGCUGCACGAAUUCUCGGAGGCAGUGUGUCGCGGCUGCGUCAAUUACGAGGGCGCGGAUCGUAUCGAAGUCGUCCUCGACACUGCGCGCCAGUUGAAGCGAGCGCACGGCUUCCAGGAGGGCAGAGGCCCGACACACACGAAGGGUGCGCACCGAGCGCCGCUCGAAGCGCAUCAGAACGGCGGAGAGACGACCGGCCGCGGCCAGCCGGCUCAACCCGCCCACCAUGCACCCACAGCCGGAUUCCCGCUCCAUCACACACGUCCCACGCCCAGCGCGGGACUCUUAGCUGAGUACGGCAGUCGACGAGAGGAACACGAGGGCAGACGACUGACCCAUUUGACCGCACACCAUCUUCCACAUGGAGGAGCGCGGCUCGCCCCCGGGCUGACGCUGAAGCGGCCGCUGGAGGAGGAUGAGCAUCAGGCGCACCACGAACCGGCUAAGCGACUCCUGGAGGAACACUCGCGGCCACCGCUAACGCGCGGCGAGUCGCUGCCGGCCGUGUCUCUGGCAGCGCCCUUCGCUCCCGACCGCGUCUUCAAGCAGGAGAAGCACCCUCUGCGCACACCUUCUUUCGACGCCACCUCCUUCAAAACCAACGGCUACACGAACAGCGUGGGCGGCGUGGGAGGCGUGGGUGGUGCCAGCGGCGCGGCGCUCAGCAACGGCGCCGGUGGCUCCCCCCUGGGGCGCGCCGCCGCCUCUCCGCCAGCCGGCGGGCCCUCGCCCAUGGCCGCACUGAUGUCCGUGGCUGACACGCUGCCUCCGGGCAGUCCACGCUCUGCCGGUGGCUCUCCCCCGCAGCCGCCGCCCCAGCGCUCUAACAGCCGCUCCAGCCAGCACUCGCCCAAUUCCUCAGGCUCAAACGGCGGGCGGCGGUCGUCGGGGUCGCGGCACGUGUCCUCGACGACGUCGGUGUCGUCCAGCGAGACGCCGGACGCGGACCCACCGGCGCCGCUGCUCAAGUGCACGCUCUGCCAGGAGCGGCUCGAGGACACGCAUUUUGUGCAGUGCCCCAGCCAGCCGCAUCACAAGUUCUGCUUCCCCUGCUCGCGGGACUCCAUCAAGCGCCAGCAGGGCUCCGAGGUGUACUGCCCGAGCGGAGAGAAGUGCCCGCUUGCGAACUCUACGGUGCCGUGGGCGUUCAUGCAGGGUGAGAUCGCCACGAUACUGGGAGAGGAGUUCAAACCCAAGAAGGAGCGGGAGACCUAGGGAAGCGCCGCGGCCUUCCGUCUCUACCUCUUGUCCCUCGCGCUGUGAGCAGCGGGAGGAGAACGGCCCCCGGGCCUGGCCGCGCCGGCGCGCAGCCCGCCUCCUCGGCCCCGGACCCUGGGUCCCUGCGGCCUCGCGGGCCCCGGCCGGCCGCACGACCGAUGUGUAUAUAACUUUGUAAAUAGUCGAGUUAGUUCUGACGGCUCCGAGUCGAGCGUCACUCAGCGUUCAUCGAUAUGUUGAUUUUGUUAGUUUUCUGCGCAAUACUGGGCGCUAAGCGAGGCGCUACGAGCGGUCCUCGCAAUAUUCUCAAUAUAGUACAUAUCCGUUUUGGAACAUUUUACAUAGAUCUUUUACAUGGGAGCUUCGCAUGCGGAGCUUCUUCCGAUGCCAUCUCUCAGUUACCUUUAGCUCCCGUACCAUAAUGAACUUGGCAUUUAUUCAUGUGAUUGUUAUUUCUCGGCCGAGUUUGUGGCGAGGCAGGAGAGGGUACGCAUAGCUCCAUGUACAGACUUAGAUUCUUGUAUAUUUGUAUUUAUUGAGUCGCAUCGUGUAAAGAUGUUUUAUACUAGGAGUGUGAACACUUGAGACGUGCCCGCGUCCGAGUGGACAAAGUCCGGCGCUCGCAUUAGUUUUGCGUUUAUUUGGCGAUGUCGGCGAGCGCUUUUGUCUGAGGCGAGCCUAGUCAUUUUGUGAAUUGUCAAAUUGUCAGAUCCGCGAGCAAAGCAACGCAACGCAACGCAACGCGCCCCCUUAUAGGAACUCUUAAAACUCGCUGCUAUAUUUGUAUAAAGUGGUAUAAUUAACCUUAUAUUAUUGUCAUGUCAUUAUAUUAAACAGUUUGUAGUGUGACUCAAUUUCGAAGGCUAUCAGAGACGUUCUUAAUUAUGCAACGAGUGAAACAUAUGCAAAUCUAUUGAAAAUAAUGUCUUAUAUGGAUGGGAAAGUAUUUCAUAGUGUUGGAUAGCGUUCAUCUAUUAUAUUUUUAUCAUUUUUUAUUAAAACAAGGGAUUUCUUAUAUUCAAUAAGUGACAAUUUGACUUAAUAAAUAAAGAACUACACAAACAUAUUAAUAUCUAACAGAUUUAUCGCAAUUGUCUCGUAUUAUAUUUUAAUAUGUAAAACGAGUUAAGAGUUACGCUAUAUUUUGCUUCAAUAUAUUUAAUAUGUUAUGCACGAGGAAGAUUGUUUAACAAUUCAGACUAUAUACUUCUGUUGCGAAUUAUUUAUUGAAAAUGUUUCUACCAACAUUUAUUUCCAUGGAACACUACAAAGAUAUUUUUUUUUUCAAAGACAAUGAAAUAGAGGGAGUGCUAUGUACAUGUGGUAACACACAAGUUUUUUUUUUAUAAUAAUUUAAGCUUACAAAGCUAGUUGUUGUAUUCAAUAGAAUGAACAUUUUUUAUUUAUUAAACUUGUACAUACAAGUACAUAAUGUACAAAUAUGUUUAGAUUGUGUCUACGUGUAAAUAUGUAAUCGGGAAAGCCUGAACUGAACAUAAUAGAAGGCUGUACCUUCAGUAUUAUUAAGAGCUGCGAGUGUUUUACUUAUUUAUAUUAAAAUUUAACUUCCAAUAUUGAAAAUGUACAAACAUAACUGAAGUAACACUAUAAGUCAAUAAGUUUCCUAAUAUUUCUGACGUAAUUCUGAUAGAUUCGAAAUUGAUGUGUAGUGUUAUCCGUAGCCCGGGCCCCGCUGCCCUCUUUCAUUCAUUCUUUUUAUGCCAAAAGUGGCAACAUUCUGUGAGCACGAUAAUGUGCAUCUUCUCCUUUUAAGGUGACAAAUAUGCAUGUGUUAAGUCACGUAUGUACUUCUACUCGUGCGAUGAAAGCAGUUACAUGUAUUUUUCGUCGGAUAAAAUUUUAAGGUUACAUCUCUUAAUAGAUAGAACUCAUCUGAAUAGAGAUGUCAUUGCUCCGGUGAGAUUUUAAAAUUUUACAUCGGUUGAGAUCUAACAAGAGAUGUAACCUCUUUCGCCGUAUGAGAUAUUUUAAGGGAUGUAACUCUUUGUUGGACAUCUCUCAGUAGUUAUAACUCUUUUCAUCGGAUGAGGAAUAUUAAGAGAUGUAACCUUAUUCACAGUGUUGAUUGUAAAUAUAUUUUUUUUAUAAACUUGUGUCUGUUUGUAAUUAUGUAGUAGUAUAUGCAGUAGUAUAUAGAAUUAAAUAUAAAAUAGUGCUCGUAAUCAAUCUAUAUGUAUACUAAAUAUCAAUAUAAUUUGCAUGAAACUUAACAUAUAUAUAUAUUAUAUAAAUCUGAAAAUAAACUUGUAGCAGAAUGAUAAUAUUAUAUAAUGAUGUAGUUAUCUGAGAUGUUAGUGUUUACAUCUGUAUGUAUGUAUUUACAGUUUAUAUGUCAGGUAUUAAAUCCAUUGAAUCUCGUAAAUUUCAUUUAAAUAUAUUCGAUUCAGACUGGAUCCAUGUUGUAAAUACUAUAAUAAUUUUGUCAGAUAUCCUGCAUAUUUGUCACCUGAUAAGUUUUUGUUCCGCCUGCGUGACAGGCUUGUGUGUCGGAUGUCACCGACAUUGGAAAUCAUUUUGAGAAAUGUAAUUUUCUUAUUGUAAGCAGCAAGUGAAAUGCUUCGAUGAAGACGUUCAUCUAAAUGUUCGUGAAAUACAAUUGAUGUGAUUUUGUA